GCUGCAACAGGAGUUGAAUGACCUGGCACGUGAUCCUCCAGCGCAGUGUUCGGCAGGGCCUGUCGGGGAUGAUAUGUUCCACUGGCAGGCAACAAUAAUGGGACCAAAUGACAGUCCCUAUCAAGGUGGAGUAUUUUUCUUGACAAUUCACUUCCCGACAGAUUAUCCCUUCAAACCACCUAAGGUUGCAUUUACAACAAGAAUCUAUCAUCCAAAUAUUAACAGUAAUGGCAGCAUUUGUCUUGAUAUCCUACGAUCGCAGUGGUCCCCAGCACUAACUAUUUCAAAAGUACUUUUGUCCAUCUGUUCUCUGUUGUGUGAUCCAAAUCCAGAUGAUCCUUUAGUGCCUGAGAUUGCACGGAUCUACAAAACAGAUAGAGAAAAGUACAACAGAAUAGCUCGAGAAUGGACACAGAAGUACGCCAUGUAACUAAAGAAAUUAUUGGAUAACCUCUACAAAUAAAGAUAGGGGAACUCUGAAAGUCCUUUUGAUUUCCAUUUGACUGCUUUCUAUGAGCCCACGCCUCAUCUUCCCCUGUGCACAUGUUUACCUGAUACAGCAGUGCUGCGUGUUGUACAUACUUGGAACAACAAAAUAGAAAUACUGUAUUUUCCCCGUACCAACAUUGACUCCUAGCAGAGAAGUGUGUGUGUGAAAAGCUGGUUCUUCAGUCAUAACUUUGUGAGCCUAAAAGCAUUCCCAGUUGAUUUAAAUUGGGUAAUAAAACGUGAGCGGGAGAGUUGCGGUGGGUUCCAUGUUUCUUGGGAUGGUGUUGCUGAUCCGGGAUGGGUUUUCAGUGGAAUCCUUUUAAACUCAUAACAGUUAUGAAAAGCAAGGUGAAGAACUUGAAGCUGUUUCUGUAUUCAUUUUAUUCUGAAGGACCUCCACCUUAGGUAAAUGUUAUGACCAAUGAGAUAAACUGUACCCACAUCCUGUGUUUAAGGUCUAAGUUUAACCGGUCAACAUUUAAAUGGAUUGGAGCUAUUAGUGCAUCAAGUGAUGUUGAUUUGUUUCAACUCUCUCCUUUCCUUCAUACUUCUUUUGGUUUGUAUGUGGUUUCUCAGUUAAUACAUAGCUAAUAGCUCUUAUUUUUCUUAAUUUUUUUAACUGCUUAGGUCUUUCUGGAUGUAAGGGUAAAAAUCCAUUUGACGGAAAACGUGUGUAUAUUUAAAGACCCAGCUGCUCCCCUGGAGCUUGUACGUUCAAGAAUGAUUAAUCUGUGUAAUAAACUGAUUACUACAGUCAUUACAUAUAACUUUGUGUGAAUAGGCUUUUAAUUUGAAGAGCAGUUUGUUACAGGCUCAGAGUUAACGACGGAUUUCUCUCAAAGCCCCGCGUUGGCGAGCGGUCGCAUUCGGAGGUCGUGGAGCAGUUUGGUUUGCAUCGCACGAGGCCGUGCACCUGGAGGAGACAAACAUCAGCUUGAGCACUUGCCCGAGGUCAGGAUGUGUAGUGUGCCAGGGACUUGACUGUUAAACCAAAUCAGCAGCUCACUAAUCGAGAGCCCGAGUGACAAAGCCUGACGGUAUUACUCCCACUUGCAUGGGACCUAACACAAUGCAUAUGUACUGUAGGUAAGUGAAACCUUCUGUAACUAAAAUAAUGGAUGUAAAAGGGUAAAAAA